CCUCCAUUGAUUCUCUCACACCUCCAAAACAGAAAAAGAGCUCAUCAAAAUUCUUCUUCUAUAAUUUUUUUGUUAAUUAAUCCCAAAAAAGGUUGAAGUAGUUGCCUUUCAAACACACAUACUCACACAGUAGUGAUACAGAGCUAAGAAAAGAGUAGUAGUUGGCCCAAGUCAAUUUUGCUGAAUCAGUUCUGAUUGAGUUUUUCAGCUCCUCAAAAAAGGAGCAAGAUUGGAACUUUGUGUACAACAAGGUUGAAUGGGUGUAUCUAAGGAUGAUGUGUCACAAUCCAAUCAAGAAGAUAGUUCCCUUUCUUCUAAUGUACCUGAGAAAGAUACAGAAAAUGUGCAUCAGAAAAAGGGUCCUGAGAGUGAGGGUGGUGCAUCAGAAUCUAGUCGAGUUUCUGUACUUCCAAAGAAGGAACCAUACAUAAUAUCUUGUAAAUCAGAUUCUCCUGUUAAAGACGGAAACAUUUCCCUAGUACCUGGAAAGGCUUCAGAUUCUUCACAACAAAUACAAAGUCAGAAGAUGGAAGAAAUUGUAUCUCAACCUCAACAAGAACAAGUAACUUCUUCACCAAUGGCUGAGAAUGCUUUGUGUAAGUUACGAUCUAGGCGGAACCCUGAUACGAGUGUCCAGGAUCUGCCAUCUGAUAAAGGAGUCACACCCUUCAGUGAACCUGAAAAACCAUCUGAAGAUGGAUAUAACUGGCGAAAAUAUGGUCAGAAACUUAUUAGAGGAAAUGAGUUCACUCGGAGUUAUUACAAGUGCACGCGCAUUAAUUGUCUAGCAAAAAAACAAGUGGAGAGAUCACAGGAUGGACAUAUAACCAAUAUUCACUAUAUAGCAAAGCAUGAACAUCGAAAACCUCUAAAUAGUCCCCAAAUCUCCCCUGAGCUUGUAGUGCCUUCUGAAAUGAGACGACCAGACAUGCCAACGGAAACACCACGUGAAGCUGAAGGUGAGAAAUCUACUGUGCUUGGUGAAGCAUGUCAAUCUAUCAAACCAUCGGAGAGCCUGAUUUCAGUGGCUGUUGUAUCAGCUGGUGGUAGUGCACAAGAUACAGUCCUGAAGCCACAUAAAUCAGGAGAUGAGGGUGAUAAUAAUGGUGGUCGGAACUCAAAGAGACGGAAGAAAGAAGUACCUACAAGUGAUGACAUGACUCCACCUAUGAAGUCUCCUAGUGAACUACGACACAUCGUUCAAACUAGCAGUGAAGUGGAUAUAGUCAAUGAUGGUUACCGAUGGCGCAAAUAUGGGCAAAAAUUUGUGAAAGGAAAUCCAAAUCCUAGGAGUUACUACCGAUGCUCGAGUGUUGGUUGCCCUGCAAAGAAGCAUGUGGAGAGGUCAUCCCAUAAUCCAAAAUCAGUGAUUACAGCAUAUGAAGGGCAGCAUGACCAUGACAUCCCACCUUCCAGAACUGUUAUGCAAAAUACAGCAGAGGCUGAUUCUAAUACAACAAGAAUAAGUGGAGAGUCCACAUCUGAAUCAGGUGAAAACAAACAUGUUGUCCAUAUUGGUGCAAAUUGAGAGCAUAAUGCCAAACAAUCAAACUCAAUACAAAUUUAGAUAAUGUUACAUCAUCAAGUCAUCUAAUCUUAUCUUUUUCUUAUUUGUUGUAAUUGGUCAAUUAUUCUC